CGAUCAGAAGAAAUGGAAAUGAUGGGCCUGAUUCUCUUAUUAGUAGCCAUAGCAGCAACAGCUGGUGAAGCUCAGUUGUCCCUGCAUCCUGGCUGUCCCCACAAAUGUGGAAGUGUGGAUAUUCCAUAUCCAUUUGGUGUUGGACGUCACUGCUCUCUGAAUGCAUUCUUCAAUCUCGCGUGUAAUGGCACCACAUUACAUUACCCCGGCUCAAACAUCCAGAUCUUGAACAUAUCCAUCGAUGGUCAAAUGGAUAUCUCUAUGUAUGUCUCCCGCAUUUGUUACAAUAAAUCAGGAGCAGUGGAUCUUGACCUCUCCUUUUCCUCUCUCAAGAUUCCUGCUUUCCCUGUUUCUAGCUCCGCAAACAAGUUCGUGAGUGUGGGUUGUGACACCUACGGCUACUUGAAUAGUUUUCAGGACGGACAGAAUUAUUCCACUGGCUGCCUAUCGCGAUGUAACCGACGACCACCACCAGCAGAGAAUACUGGUGAACCUUGUUCCGGAAUUGGGUGUUGCCAAGUCGAUGUUCCUCAUCGAAUGAGGAAUAUCACUUUUGAAUCAUAUAGCUUCCAAAAUCAUACAAAUGUGUGGGCCUUCAACAACUGCAGCUAUGCUUUUGUUGCCAAAAAAGGCUCCUUUGAGUUCUCUCCUAGUUAUCUCGAGCGUCUCCCCUUUAACGAGUCCCGGCUCGUGUUAGAUUGGUCUGUUGUAGAUGAUGAUGCUCGUCAAGAAGCUACCGCUCCGAGCCCACCGAAAUCUGUAUGCAACCCCAACGCCAUCUCCCAGAACUCCGCCACUGGAUUCGGAUACAGAUGCCUCUGCAAGCCCGGGUAUCAUGGAAAUCCUUACCAUCCGGAUGGAUGUCAGGAUGUCAACGAGUGUGACCAACCCAAUGACUGUGACAUCAAAGCGCAUGCGCAGUGCAACAAUUUCGAUGGCGGCCACAACUGUUCUUGUCUCCCUGGUUAUAAAGGCGAUGGCCGCGUUGAUGGAACCCGCUGCACUUUGGAAACUCCUUUUCACUCUAAUCCUAAUUUGCUCUCUCUUAUAAUAGCACUAGGCGUUUGUGCAACCUUGUUAGUUGGCUUCACCCUUGUUUCCAUGUUAUGCUGGGCACACAAGCAAAGAACUCAGAAGCUAAUUAGAGAAAGAAAUUUCGAGCGAAACGGAGGAAAUGUGCUGUUACAAAGACUUUCACAACAACAAGGAUAUGCUGACAGAACCAAAAUAUAUAACCAGGUUGAGCUUCAGAAUGCCACAGACAACUUUGAUGAAGAUAGAAUCCUUGGUCGUGGGGGACAGGGCACAGUUUACAAGGGUAUAUUACCAGACAACACGCCGGUUGCCAUUAAGAAGUCUAGAGUAGGAGGGGAUCCCAGACAAAUUAAGGAUUUUAUCAAUGAAGUGGUUGUUCUUUCCCAAAUCAAUCAUCGGAAUGUGGUCAAACUUUUGGGGUGUUGUCUUGAAACCGAAGUUCCUUUGUUAGUCUAUGAGUUUGUGGAUAAUGGCACUCUUCUUGACCAUAUUAACCCAUCAAAGAAUGAAUUCUUUAUCUCAUGGGAAACUCGAUUAAGAAUAGCUGCAGAAACUGCUGAGGCCAUUUCAUAUUUACAUUCUGCGGCCUCCAUUCCAAUUAUUCAUCGGGAUAUAAAAUCUACCAACAUAUUACUAGACCACAAUCAUAGAGCAAAGGUGUCUGACUUUGGAGCUUCAAGACUUGUUCCUCUUGAUGAGACUCAAGCUGCCACAGUGGUACAAGGGACGCUUGGAUACCUGGAUCCAGAGUAUCUUCUCACAGGUCAGUUAAAUGAGAAGAGUGAUGUUUAUAGUUUUGGGGUUGUGCUUGUAGAGCUACUUACUGGCAAUAAAGCUGUUGAGUUCAAUAGACCUGAACAACCAAAUUUGGCUAUGUCCUUUGUGUCUUCAAUAAAAGAAGACCGUUUAUGGGAAAUUCUUGAUAGGCAGUUGUUAGAUCAGAAGAAGAAUGCUGCACAGUUGAAGGAAGUUGCUUUUCUGGCAAGAAGGUGUAUUAGAAUUAAUGGAGAGGAAAGACCAACUAUGAAGGAAGUAGCAAUGGAAUUAGAGGGUUUGAUUGCAAUGGAAAGGCAUCCUUGGAUGAAGGGUAGGGAUGCCAUGGCUGAAGAAACUGAAUACUUACUUGUUCAUGUGCCUGAUGAAUAUGGGGCCGCCGGUACUAGCAAUUCAUCUGGAUAUGAUACCAUGCAAAAGCAGAUGGCGUUUGAGAUUGAAGAUGGGCGUUGAUCAUUUGAUGCCUCUGUGUCCGCCGUCCUUUUUUCUUUAUUUGUAGGACUUGUUUUUCCUGCAAUUUUGUAGACCUAAAGUGCAUCUCUAGUGAUGUCAAUCCGUUCACUUCUAAGUACUCAUCCGAUCUAAAUAUAAGAUUCAUUUUAUAGUGUAAAUUACAUUACAAAUAUAAGUCUUAUAUUUAGGAUCAAACAGAGUAUUUUAUUAUAGUCGUUUGAGCUUCUCUUCUCCCUCAUGUAAACCAAAUAUGUUGUUAGGAAAGAGAUAAAGUAUGACAGAGUUACCACUGCUAAGGCGUUGACAGACUA